ACGGACGGUGGAAUCAGCUGUUCAGUGUAAACAACACCGCACGGAAGGGUCUGGACUUCUCAAUUCUAUUGGGUAAAAAAUAAGAAAUUGAGAACAGGUGAAAAAGUUGAUCUACAACACAAAUUUGAAAUAAGUAACCAUGUUGAAAAGUUUAAGAAUAUUACAGUCUUGUAAAGUUGUGUACUUGAAAAAUUACAUUCAAAUUAACAAGGUUAUUCCCAGAGCUGCAUCCUUUGUGCAGCAUUUGGACUUGCUUCGCUGUUAUGGCAUCAGACAUUCUCAUGUUCCAUUUGUUGAAGAAGAUACCCUGAGCUUCAAAAUAUUGGAACAUAUGAGAAUUAAUGAUAAAUAUGCCACUGCCCUUACUAAGGAAAAAAAUUUGUCGGAAAACUCGUCAGAAACCAGUCAGGCUAUUAAGCAGAUGUUACUUGUCAUAGCUCAUAAUCCUGAUGUUAAAACAUCAGAUAUUCUUCAUUUAUUUUCCUUAUAUGCUUCAUCUGGACGUUUUAUAUCCCAAGAUAUAAUAUCAAACAAGUCAUUGAUGUCCGAGGCAAAACACAAGAUUUUACAAAGCUUUCCUUGGAUGACAGAAAAUGAACUGAAGAAUUUAGCCUACUUGUUAAAGGAAUUAGAAUUUGAGAAAAGUGGAUAUUUGCAGUAUCUGGUUAAAGGAAUUAAUGAAGAAUGUUUAAAAAGAGCCUUAGCAAGUGAUCUUCCUGAGAGUCUCAGACUGUUUGAUAUCCUCUUGAUUCUCCAUGGUAACAGAAUUUACAGGAAAAGAGAAUAUGACACUUUUUUAUCAUUGUUUGAAGCAAAUGUAGACACAGCUCAUCCUCAUCAUUUAGUUCAAAUUUUGCAUUAUAUAGGUCUUGCCAAGAAAAGGAAGUUGUCAAAAGAAUUCAUUCUGCUGAUAAUUGGGAAACUGGAUAAACAUUUGGAUGAUCUGACAUUCAGAGAUCUUGGAAUAGCAGUGGCUGGCAUAUUCAAAUCCAAUAUCAAGCUUGAGAGAACGUCAGCCUUUGUUAAAAAAGUUGCAGAUCAUAUGAAAAAUAAAAUAAAAGACUCUGUAUUGCUUACAGAUAUUGAAACUUAUGGCCUUGUUUCUAUGAUCAAACUUCUCCGUGUGACAAGAUUCCAUGACGAUGAUCUUUUGUCUGCUGUCAAAUCUUUUGUGAUGAAUUGUGAUGAAAGUGUUCUGAAUGCUCAGAUUGUUCCACACAUCUUGGCAAUGUUCUCUAAUUGUAAUGUUUAUGAUGAAGAGAUCUUUGAUAAACUAGAAAAUCAGGUUCUUAAACUCAUUAGAGCCGAGUCACACGAGUUAAGGAUGAGGGACCUUACAAGGGUGCUUUGGUGUUUUAGUCAUGUAGGUCACAAGUGUAGUCCUCUAACAUUAGAGGUGUUUGAUGAAUCUUUCAUGGAGUUCAUUCAUAAAGGGGAAGUUGCUAGAUCACCAUACUUCCUGUCAGAUGCUCUCUUCUCCAUGGCAAUCCUCCAGUAUUAUCCAGAAGCAUUGAUUAAGGAAGCAUUCAAGCCAGAAAUGAUUCUAGGACUGAAAGGGCAUCAGAAGAGUAAGCAGUUAUCCAGAUUGCUUAUAUUACAUGAGUGCCUGAAGACAGAAGUCCCUACACUGAGAAUGGAACCACCUGUAGUGGAGAAGUUUGAAAUACCAAGUAGAACUCUUGCAGAUGAACUCCAACAUCGCCCACAUAUUAAGAAGUUAAGUGAAGGGGCUAAGUGGAUUAAUUCAGUUGUUGGAAGAACAGUGUUGAAACUCCAGUUCCCAAUACCAUAUAUAAAUUAUGCUAGUCUGACUACAGAUUUCAAGCAGCUGAAGGGUGAAGAUUCUGAAAGUGGUACAUAUGAAGAUACACAGCAAAUACAUAUUUUUCAACAGCUGUCUAAAAUAAGAGAUGUUCAGGAUAAUAAAAACAUUGUUGUUGAAGUUUUAGAUUUACCAUCAUUACUGAAAGGGACCUCAGAGCCAGUUGGCCUUCUUAGGCUAAAAAUACGUCUCCUAGAACAAUUAGGUUGGGAUAUCAGGUAUAUCACUAGUUUGGAAGUGGAAAGUUGUGGUGAUGAUAUUCAAGGGUUAGGAGCUCUAUUGUUAGAUAAGAUAAAUUUGCAUCACAAAACAUAAGAGACCAAGUAAUUUUGUAGAUAUUUUAAAAUGUAGAUAUGAUGAUCUUAUACUCUGAAUUUUAUUUAUUAUUUGUUUUCAUUAUGUACAUGAUUUGAUAAAUAGAAGUUUUUGUUUAUAAUGAUUUAUUUUCCAGGUCAAUUUUGUAAAUAAAAGAAAACAAGCA